GAGCCAUGGCUGCCCCCAUCGCUCUCAUUCAAGGGGCCAGCAGAGGCUUGGGGCUUGAAUUCUGCAAACAUAUCUUGAAAAAUAAAACCCCCGCCGCCGUUAUAGCGACAUGCCGAAACCCGGACGGAGCAGCCGAGUUGCGGGGCCUGGCCGGUCAACACCCGGGCAGACUGACGGUCCUCAGGCUGGACGUGAACCGGGAGGAGGACAUCCGCGGAGCUGCGGAGCAGGUUAAGGAGAGUUUCGGUCGGCUGGAUUUGAUUGUCAACUCGUCGGCGAUGCUUCAUCCUUCCGGGAAAGGAGAGACUAGUCUGAGAGAUGUCUCUGCUCAGGGCACCAUUGCCACCUUGACAACUAACACAGUGGGUCCACUGGUUAUGGCAAAGUAUUUUGCCCCGCUCCUUCAGAAGGGUGGAGGUGGAUUCGGUCAACAACCCUCAGAGAAAACCAAGGAGCACAGCGGCAUCAUCGUCAACAUCACUGCCAAAGUGGGAUCCAUUGGUGACAAUGGUCUUGGGGGUUGGUACAGCUACAGGAUGUCUAAAGCAGCUCUCAACAUGGCCACCAGGAAUCUGUCUAUAGAGCUGGGCCGUGGUCGACCCAAGGUGGUGUGUGUGUCCUUACAUCCAGGAACAGUGAACACAGACCUUUCCCGGCCAUAUCACAGGAAUGUGCCAAAAGACAAGUUGUUCAGUACCGAACACUCUGUGAACUGCCUGAUGAGCAUCAUAGACACACUGAAUAUCGAAAAGACUGGCAGGGCCUACAGCUGGGACGGGGCUGAGCUUCCUUGGUAGAAUCAACAAAUGGAGAAAGAGAGUUAUUAUUAUAAUUUAUUCAGCUCUACUCUUGAUGCUAACUCUCUGAGCAUAAUUCAGAGUGUGCCCUAAGCUGGACCUUACAUUGACAAUUCAUCAGAACUGAAGAUAGUGCUGUAUGGGAGGUUCCUGGUGGAGUCACAGUCUAAUCAGUCAAAGACAAACCUCUUCCACUACCUCACAACCAGCCAAAGUAACACUUACGUUGUGUAUAAUGCCAUCACAUGAAGGCCUUAUGUGACUGUAAGACUUGAUGCAGUUGUAACUGAACUAAUGGCCUGUGGUAGCAUGACAGGUGACGUUUUGGCAGUAGAAAUAAUGUAUUAUCAUAUUAAUCUAGAGGGUUUUUGCAGUAUCAAGUGGCUUAUGGUAAAAGGAAUAGUUUGACAUUUUUGGAGAAAAUGCAUAUUUGCUUUUUUGCCAAGUGUUAAAUGAUGAGAUUGGUGACACUCACAUAGUAUUUGUUCAUUCAGCUGAAGAGAUGCUUGAAACAUGAGGUUAGCGUAACUUAUCAUAAAAACUAUAAACAGCUAUCCUGGCUGUGUCCAAAGGUAGAAAAAUCCACAAAUCAGCACCUUUAAAACAUACAGAUGAACAUGUUAUAUCUUGUUAGGUUAAUCUAUAUAAAAACCCAAGUGUUAAAAUGACUAGCUGUAGUUUUACAGUUAGAUCCUCUCAUUUAAGUUUCAGCAAUGAAGCAAAUAAAAAGCAUAUUUCCCAAAAUGUGGAACUAUUAAUUUAAGUGUGAUACAUAUUCCUUGUUGUCUUUAAUACUUCUUUGUUGAAUAAAAUCAGUUUUUGUCAUGA